AUGCAUCCCAAACUCGACCCAAUUCUAAUUCUCUUUCCUUUUCUUCUUAUCACCCCUUCCAUUGCUCAGUUCACAUCCCAAACGUAUCCGGAUCCUCGGUUAGAUCCAUUCUCAUGUCGUUUGGCUCUUCCUUCACAAGUCUGUGAUCCAUCAGCGAUUGUAUCGGAUGAAGAGAGAAGUCGAUUGGUUCAAAGAGUCAAUCAACUUCAUUCAUUGACUUCUGGCAUCAAGAACACUUCUCCGUCAUGUGCUUUGAUGCCGGAUAGAAAUUUGGAGAUCAUUGUCGCCAUUAUCGACAAAAUUGGAUCAGUUCCAGGAGUUCCGAUUGAUAUCGAGAAGUUCGCCAAUAACUUAAAACGAAGAUACCAAAACUUCCAGGAUGUUGGAAUGUGCGACACGACAGUUUUGAUUGUCAAUUCUCGUCAGGAUCGUCAAGUGUUCACAGUUGCUGGAAGAGAUGCAAAGAUUUCAAAGGACACAUUGAAAUCUGCUUUUGAGAGAAAUAUCGGACAUUUUAAGACAGGAAGAUAUGCUCUGGGACUGGAGGGAAUGAUUGAGGUCAUUGUGGCAGCUUACUCGAAUGCUCAUAUUGUACAAGUGCCAACUCCAGAAGCUUUCAGACCAACUGAUUUUAUGCCAUCGGGACCAUCCGCCGUCUCCGCUGUUGAAUCCCAACCAUUCCGUGCUGCUGGACUUCCAAACAGCGUCCAACCAGCCAAAAGACCAUUCCCAGCGUUCAAUUCCAUCCAAGAAACUGUUGAUGAAGAUGAUAAGGUAUGGGUAUCGAUUCUUCAACAAGCCAUGGCUAGAUGCGGACAGAAUGACGCCGACUUGCCGAAACAUGUCAGAGCUGUUGUAGAAGAAGCCAUGAACAUUUCCCUGAAACUGAUUUCUGACUCAAGGUACAACAAGAUCGAAGAAGAAACCGAGGCCAAUAAGGAAGUGCUCGGAAGUCGACAGAAAGCUUGGGACUCGGCCACUGCUGAAUUCAUCCGUCCUCUCCUCCAAAAGUACCGUAAUUCUGUUCUCUCUGGAGCAACCCAAACGUGUCCAGUCAGUGCUCCAGGAACGAGAAGAAGACAUUUUUAA